AUGCAGGUAUAUGACCUCCGGCCGCCCGUCACCUCCCUACUCCCCGACAGUCGCGGCACCUCGCACUACAUCUUCCGUGGUCGCCCUAAGGGCCAGAUAGACCAAAUCCUCGACGAUGGCGAUAAGCGUACGCAGUCUCGUCAGCAACUCCUCGACGAGCUUGAGGAGCUACACCGCCACGCGGAGGGAUACGAGCAGAUGAUGCAUGAUCUCGACGUUGCCCUUGAGGACAAGACGGCGAUGAUCGCCUCCCUCAACGCAGAGUUAAUUGAUGCGCAGUCAAAGAUUGUCGCGCACGACUUAGUACUCCAAAAUCACAUACACGAUGUGAACGUGACUCGCUUGGAGAGGGAUGAUUUGCAGAAGGCAAACUCGAAGCUCAUGUCGGACCUGGGGUCUACGAAGGAGGUCAUCCGGGACUUGAAGAAGAGGCUGUCGGCAAACCGUGGUGUUCAAGCUACGCCUGGUGGUGCACUCUCAGGCACAGCAUCGCCCUCGACUUCGGCUCAGCCUCAUCUGAGCGUGCAGGGCGCCACUAGCACCGCAGCAAGCGAACUAGGCUCGCGGUAUGCUCGGGGCUUUGGUCAUGCCGUCCAAGAAGUCAUCGAGAAUCAUCACCUUGAUUACCUCGUUCACAAUACUUGUGAGAAGGUCGCCGGUAGCAGUGCUGCGCUGGUCUGGCCCCGACUUCUCGCAGGUGAGCUCAUGACACAGUUCCACGUCGUCGCUGAGGACUGCGGGGCCAUCGCCUUGGAGCUCAGUGAUGCGAUGCAGGCGGAUCUGCAGGGCACUGGGCGUUAG